CGCGGCGGGGAGGGAAGAGGAGGAGGGAAGAGGAGAGAGGAGGAGGAGGAGGAGGGGAGACUGGCACGAAUUCCUCAGCGCUCCUCAAAUUUCUUGCAGCCUAUACGGACCUCCUGCUCGCCUCCGCCCCGACGCACAUCCAGACCGGUUCCUCUCUCCUCCGCCUCCGAAGCACAUAUCCGAGCUGAGCUGCUUUCCCACUAACACGAUGUUGCAAAGUGUCGCCAUGCUCCUCCUGCUGGCCCUGGCUGCCUCCGACGCGCAGGAGCAACAGAGCAAAAGCAAAGUGUGCGCCAAUGUGUUCUGUGGGGCCGGCAGAGAGUGCACCGUCACAGAGAAAGGGGAGCCCAGCUGUCUGUGCAUAGAGAGCUGUAAGCCCCACAAGAGGUCAGUGUGUGGCAGCAACAGUAAGACGUACAGGAACCACUGCGAGCUCCACAGGGACGCUUGUCUGACCGGCUUCAAGAUCCAGGUGGCCCACGACGGACACUGCCACGAGAAGAAAACAGAACAGACAGCGGACAGCCCAGUGGUUUGCUACGCCGCUGACCGCAAUGAGCUGAGGGGCCGUGUGAUCCAGUGGCUGCAGACCGAGGUCGUCCCAGACGGUUGGUUUGUCAAGGGAUCCAACUUCUCUGACAUCCUGCUCAAGUACUUCACGUCGCACGACAACGGGGAUUCUCAGCUGGACUCCUCCGAGCUGCUCAAGUUCAUCCAGCAAAACGACUCGGUGGUGGAGUUGCAGUCCUACGCCGACCAGGAGAGCAACAAGCUGCUCAGGAGCCUGUGUGUCGAUGCCCUCAUUGAGCUCUCUGAUGAGAACGCCGACUGGAAGCUGAGCUUUGACGAGUUCCUCAACUGCCUGAAGCCUGGCUUCAAUCCACCAGAGAAGAAAUGCGCCUUGGAAGACGAGACGUACGAGGACGGAGCGGAGACCCAGGUGGAGUGUAACCGCUGUGUUUGCGCAUGCGGCAACUGGGUCUGCACUGCCAUGACCUGCGCUGACAAAACGGAAGCUGUGGGUGAGACGGCAGACACCGGGGCGGAUAUGACCGAGGAGGAGUGGAACCUCCGUGUGGCUGAGCUCAACAAGCACCAGGAAACCGUUGAGAAGAUGAAGGGCAGCACCAAGGAGGCCUGAAUAAGGUCGCAAUAAACGAGAGGACCCACGCCAUCACCCUUCCUCCAUACUUGAUUUACCUUACGGCCAUGUGUUGUCUUAUUUUUUAAAUGUUUCUCCGCUCUGUUAAUUAUUAUACAUUUUCUACAACCUUACAUUGUCUGUGUUGACGUGUGUUAGAUUCAGGGGCUAUCAGAGAGUAUCAUAGGAUUCCCUUGUGUUCAGUAUUGUCAUACUUCAUCGUAUUACUCCGCCUCUACACUAGCCCCCGGGGCUAUUUUUACGACAAUCUUUAUAUAUAUUUUUUACAGUUAUUACGAAACUAAACCUGUCAAGUUGUCACCGUGUUGUGACAUGGACGUUGUUUAUUUUAAAAGGUAGUGAAGUAAGGAGCGAGGAGAAUCCACCUGUUGAAAUGAAGGAGGGCCGAGAUAGCCGACUACUUGACACCUGGUGCAGCGGCUGACUCCGCCCCCUCAUAUGUGCCUUGUAGGCACAGUAGCCUGGGUAGAGAAGCUGGGACAAGAGGGUAAAGCUACCAGUGAUGUCGAUGCCAUUUAGAACGGCCACACUAGGCCACUACUUGACCAAUGCACUUCUCUUUUUUCUCGCUCUAUAGUUUCUUCGGCUUUAGUUUAGCACAAGCCUGAAUUUUGUUUCUAUCUUAGUAAUAAUUUAGCUCCAACGUAGUUUGCUUCUAUGUAAAGCGUGUUGUCGGCUUGAGUUGGAACUCACCUGGUUCCCAUGUUACGCUCAGGCAAGUCUCUCUGGUGCUUUUCGGUAAAACAUAACUUUUUUAAAAACAAAGACAUAGAGGUCCAGCUUCGACUGCAUCCAGGAGAGACCUGGUCUUUUGAUGAUAGCAUGAUGAAAACCUGAAACCAAAGUCUCGAUGAUGUGUUUGAAUAAUGAACUUAAAUUCUCCAGGUAGAACAUUACUCUGGACCCAGCAACAACACGAUACCUGUGCUUUCAAAAUCACUCUUAAUAACAUCAGGACUAGCCUCACUGUCAGCUGAAGUAGUGUAGACGCAUCAAUAACCGGGUGCAUAUAUGUUAUGUGUGCUUCUGUGUGUGUGUGUGUCGUUAACUGAGAGUAGUUUGGUUUGUCGAAUGUGUUAAUUUGUUUAAAUCCUCUAUCUUAUUUAGGAGGAUUGACAAUAAAAAUCAGUGCCUUAGACCUGCAAAAAGUAUAGGUCUCUACUUUUGCCUGCACGUGGGCUUUAAUGCCACGUGGCGUUGAAGGAGUGAGUGCUUUGCUGAAGUUUAGCAGUAAGCUAGGAGCUUUGUGACUGUUUCUGUCUGCGUGAAAGCUGCAUCACUCAGUUCAAGCUAAAUCUUUAUAUUCCACUUAAAGUGCAGCGACUGUAAGGAAUAUGUAUGUACGCCAAUAAAGCCCAUACACCACAA